AUGGACGACCCUGACAGUCUGAUAAAGAUCAUCACAACGACGACGGGAGGGCAGGUGCAAGGCCCGAUGAUCGCCAACACCGACACAGUUCACACGAAUGAUACCGACACGGUGGUGGGCAAUCCUACCCAAAAUGGUGAUUUCGAGUUCGUGCUUAUGGCUCCGAAUGGAGGGCUCGACAAAUCUGGCAUCAGUCAGAUUCGAGCUCACACAACGAGAGAGUUGCACAAGACUAGACGUCAAGCUGGACAGACCCUCCUUCGUCGAAAGAACCGUCCUGAAAACAUCCUUUUCGGGUCUCAACUCGAUGCGUUCCAGGUAUUGCCGCAACUACGUAUGGAGGAGCUGCGACCUGGAAUUCUCAACGAGGUCAAGUACAAUGUGUUUCACGUAUACAACCAGACUGCUAUGCAACAAGUCAUCUGGCCUCGAGGAACAAAGGACGACACAUUUUUCACAGGAAUGCUCCUGAUGUGCUCGGUUCACCUCGACAGUCUCCAUACUCGGUCGAAUACUGUGUCUCCAGUCUCGACUGCCCUGAAACUGGAAGCGAUGAGAAAAGUGCGCGAGAAGAUCCAGACUCAGUCAGCGGACGAUAUUAUCAGCUGUAUUGCGGCCAUCGCCUGUCUUGCUGCUUGUGCCUUGGUCCGGGAUGGAAUCGAGGGUGCCGAUGAGUACCAAAUACAUCGAAAAGCAUAUGCGAUGCUCAUAAAAGAAGCAUUUGAGAAACGAAUGUUUGAGCGCUCAAGGUUUUGUAAGGAUGUGUUGCGAAUAAUUACGGUGAUAGCGAUCGGAAGAAGAUGUAGUAUGCCAAUACCUGGUUUGGCGCCGCUGAUCAACACCGCAACCGCAUUCAAAGAGUACGAAUAUGUCUUCGAGGAUGAAUGGCAGACCAGGACACGUCCUGAAGCAGAACUCUUUUCACCAGUAUAUGAUGGACGGGAUGAUCCAGACAACGAAGAUUCUUUUCCCUAUGUCCACGCCGACCAUCUCAGACGCUUACUGGGGAUGAUUCAAAUAACCAUCGAGAUUUGGACAAGACAGACCAGAACGCCGCUCGAGGUGGGGCCCAAGGAGGUCGCACUUUUGGGCCUAUUAUGUCGACAAAUCCUCUCCCUGCCGAGUGCGAAGAUGCCAGGACUUGCCUGUACCGGAGACCACAUGUACGAGUCCUGUCGUCUGACGUCGGUGUUGAUGAUCCAGAGUGUUGCACUUGGGAAAUCCUGGAAAACAGUCGCACAAGCUUCAGCGUUGCUUGGAGAGCUGCGAGUUGCGCUGGAAAAGACACAUUUGGGUCCGACAUUCGAAGGAGGAGGUAUCUCAGGGAAGGGACUUUGGGAUAAAAAUAUCGGUCUCUUGUACUGGAUUGGGCUCGUGUUUCAUUGCGCAGCGUUUGGAUCGCCGGAUUAUGGAUUCGGACAUGCUUUGCAAACGAGUUUGUCUUUCGAGGUGACGUAUAAUUAUCAUGAUUGGCAUGGUGCAUUGAUUCCGAUGUUGACAUUGAAGGAUGUCAUGCCCGAUAACUAA